AUGCAUCCAACCGCCGAUGUCUCCAAAUCCCUCAUCUACGAUUCGAAGACCUCAAAUCCUGUGGCAAGAGCAUGGAAAGAAGACCGCAUAGACAUUCCGUCUUCGUUGCUCGGACGUGGUCAAGAAAACGCUUCGACCGCCCGCCACAAUCUCGAGGAGCGCAUUGACACGAAGCGAAAAUCGCCAGAGCCAGCCCGGACUCGAGGCCGUCAAAACUCACUCCGAAAUGUCAAGAAUAGUAACGAAGUUCUACGACAACGCUCAUUGAAGAGAGGGAACAAGGAAAACUCGGAUGCAAAUGUUGUCACCAGAGAGGGUCGUCGCUUUGAGGUAGCAAACGUGGGAAACAACGGGAAAAUCUACCUUCGGCCCACAAACAAACCGUCACAAGCUCAUCAACCGCCACCUCCAGCUUACCCAUCAUCAAACGGCCAGGAGGUUGAUCCCGAAAGUUCCAAGGAAAAGCAACGCUGGUCAGAAUCUCAAUCAUCUAGGACUCCACCUCGACAUCCUCAGCAGCACCUUACCACAUCUAAAACUAGAAGAUCAAAUUCGCUAUCAGGUCACUCGACCACCUCCCGUGAUUCGGUGGCAACCAUUGGUCCUGAGAACAAGGAAGAGCAAGGAACAUACAAGGUCGUCAUCAAGAAUGGUGUAGCUCAGCAGCAGCUCCAUGACCCCCUGGGGGCAUUAGAUCUUGAUGUUUCCAUUCCGCACUACCGGCUCGGUACGCCCAGGUUCAGCACAAGAGGGACCGCCUUCUUGAGUAGCCAAGUUUACUCCAGGACUUCCACUUCUGACGACAUUGAUUCUACGAUUGAGACAGCUCACGAAUACGACAACGUUUUCGCGCUCCCCUCUGGCCUCGGCGGGUCUCCGACUCUCCAACUACAGCAAUCACCUCAACCUCAGGCAACCAAAGGUGUCCCCAUGCGUAUGCCCAUUACCACAAUCGCGCCAGUAUUUCAUAAAGCGAGGGAACCGAUAGUGCCUGCCAUAUACGACUCAAUAGCUGCAAAUCCUGACCAUCCUUCAAUUGUACGAUAUGCAAUGACUACCCGCGAAAUUUCGGCCGCUUCACCUGCGCGUAUUAUCGCCCAGGUCACUUCGGAGAAUUUUCUUAACUACGAGCUACUCUCAGACUUUUUCUUGACCGUGCGCGCUUACUUAUCAACCAACGAUUUACUUGAGUACUUGUUGGCUCGUUUCGAAUGGGCUGUCGAUAAAUCCGAUGACAGUGGCAAGGUUAUAAGAGUGAGAGUUUUUGCAGCUAUACGACAUUGGGUCUUGAAUUACUUUCCAUAUGAUUUCGUGGUUGACAGAGACUUGCGAGUAAAGUUUUGCGACCGGCUCAAUGCUCUAGCCCAUCAUGUUACCCAUGGACGACACGAUGCUAGCAACCUUAAGCUCAUCAUUGAUUUGAAGAAAUGCUGGAAUGGUCGCUGUGCCCUAUAUUGGGAUGACAUUGGAGACGAUCUCGAGACCCGUCACGAUCGUGAUAUCAACCCCGGUGGCAUUGUCGGAAGCAGAGACAGUGGCUUGACACACCCAAACCAGCUUUGGGCAAAGCUAGCAUCGACCUCUACACACCAGGUCGAUCAAGAGAAAUCGGUGGCGGCUCUUCACAACUGGGUUGACAGUGUCAUAGAAGCUGAAGUCGAUGGAAAGUCCAAAUCGGAUCGGCAAGAGUCUGUUGCGUCACCUCAACAUCCAACCUCCCUGCUCAGCGAGCAGAGUACAAUCCCGGCCAAUUCAUGUUCAUUUCCGAUGAGGAAUCAUAAAACUUACCAGAAUGGUCGCAAUCCCGGGCCACACCCUGUGACUGCUGUGCUCUCGAAUCCAGCUCAGAAAGCAUGCCCCCCUGCACCCUCCUCACAAUCAAAAGAUCGUUUCGCAAAGACUAAAGCAGAUCAUCAGCGCAGCGGUAGCUUUUCGGAUGCACUGCGUGACAAGCGAACUUCAUUAGGCGCAAUCCAAGAGGGCAAGCCAUCAGAGGAGGUCGUUAUGAGCUUCCCAUUCUCAGGUAGCUUGGUCAGAGGGAGUGCUUUUCCACCAGGUUCUCCAUUCAUCGACAGUCUCACACCUCACGGGUCUGGCUCAAGUCUGAAAAAGCAAGGACAAUAUACUGGGGUCCCUUCAGAGAAAAUAGCGGAACGUCAGAUGAGUCCUGGCGUCAGAAAUCUGCUUAGCAACAUUCGUCGAGCUUGGAGCAAUAAGCCGAACUCUCCAGUCGCAGUCCCACCCAGUAUGAUUCCUUCUGCCCCCUCAUUUGUGCUUGAAAAGCAUUCAAAUCUCCCAAUGCAUAUCGCGUUCAAGAUUGAAGGCUUUGGCGAUCAACACCACCAGCUCGAAGCUCUCAAGAAAAACGCUCGAAUUGACCUACUCUGUGCGGACAUUACAGAUAUGUUCGAGCGUACUAUGCCUGCUGACGGCAAGGGCGUGUCUGCUCAACCAAGCAAUGUGCGUCUAAGCUCUGGUACCGAGAGGGAGCGCUCUUCUCCAGAGUCGUGGCAACAUUUAGCUUUGCCGGAAAGGGAAAAGCUGCAGAGGAAUCACAGUGAAGUCACAAACGGAAGUCGCUCCAUUGUGAUAGUGGAUGACACGAGUGCUGAGCCGCCAGUCCCGCACAUUCCGUCUCCAUAUGGAAAGCAGGGAGAGCUUGAAGCAUCUUAUGACAUGGCGGACGUGCCUUUGACCAUGUCAGGUGGCGUGCAGCCCCAUCAUAUGACUGCUCCCCAAGAUGGCAUACCCGGAAUGUCUGCCAAUAUGGUAGACGGCCCACCUCCGACGGAGCUGCCAGCUGAUUUUCUCAAAUCGCAAGGAAUCAAUGGGCUGCAAAAGGCUCGAUCCUUUGCCGGCGGCGCGCCAGCACCUUCCGCUCUUCCUUUGGGAGGCAAUGAUCUCGAAAGGGAUGCAAAUGAAUCGUCGACUACACUGCCUUCCGAUACAACCGAUAAGGCACCCGCGCGGAUGCUGAGAAGACGUCCUGGCGGUGACUUGCGUGCAAAUCAGAACGUUCACGACAUGGAGGUGAUGCCGAGACGAGGCUCAACAGGCUCCAUUGCUACUUUUGCAGAGUCAGUUCGCGAGUCCGCAGCGUUUCUCACAAGGGUCAAUGCAAAUUCUGGUAAGAUCAGAUCGUCUGGUGCUACUGUGCUUUCUCGGCGCGCUUCGAACCCUGCCCCACGGCGGUCGAUCUCGCUUGUUCACUCUAAGACUCCUCACAAAGAUAUUCGACCCUCGUUCGAAGCCGCAGUUGCACAAUUCGCCCGCAUACCGGAUGACGAGCGAGGAGACUUGGAAGCUACUCUAUUAAAAUUGGAAGGAAAGCUUCCAAAGAGUCCAGUAGGAACAUCUCAUGGCAACAAAUCAGCCAAUGCCGGAUCUUCGCAACAAAAUGACCCGCUAGUGUCACCAUUGACUCCAAAGACCCAGGUCGCGGAGCAUGAGCUUGGCUCGCAGGAGAGUGUCCUGACUCCACCUGCAUCAAUCAUGCAUUCGCAAACACCUGAGAAAAAUAAGCUGGGUUUGCUUGGUAAGCAAAAGGAUGGUAGAAACGCUCAAAGCCUGUACACUCCUUCCGAAGAAUCGUACAACCCAGUCCCGCUCGUCUCGAGACGUGGACAAACAAGCCAAGUUAUCUCGGACCAGUCCAAUCCAUCGAACGAGACCAUACCUCAGCCAUUGUUCAGUCCAAAAGACAAGCAACGGUUCCAUGAGUCUAGCAUAUCAGAUCGAACUACAACUACAGACAUGUCAAGCACAGCACCUGUACGCAGGCGUGGAAGGCGAUCAAUACCUACUAUGACGACGGACUCAUUUCUCCUUGACGAUGACGAAUCACUCAGCGAUAUAUCAUCCGAUCUCUCGGAUGAUGAGGACGAAGAGACUGAUAGCCUUCUUGAAGACGCUUAUGGAUCAGCUGGACGGAGUGUGCAGGGCAUACAGUUGCCACCGAAUGUCGCAUAUGGUUCAGGGUACCUCCCAUCACCGCCUAUGACCACUGAAAACGCUGUCUCAAUCUCAUCUGAAGCACGCCGUAUGCAGGAUGAUCGCAAGCCCCCAACACCAGAACCUUCGCCUGUCAGUAGAGUCACCGAGUCUACGAAAAGUCGUGCUCCCACUGAAGUAGACCUUUGCGUACUGAAGCCAUUUGCCAACAAGCUGCAUCGAUUUCCUCCUCGGCGGCAUUUACCGUUCAUAUUAGCUUUUGAUGCUGAUGUUUUAGCGCAGCAGUUUACUCUCAUCGAGCGAGAUGCGCUCAACGAAAUCAAUUGGCAAGAUCUGAUCGAGUUGAAGUGGCGGCAAGCUCCUAGCACAGCUUUAAACUGGGUUGAAUAUCUUCGGUAUGAGGAUCCUAACGGCAUCGACCUGGUCAUGGCAAGGUACAAUAUUGUGGUCAAAUGGGCGAUGUCGGAGAUCGUUCUUACACAUAAUGUCGAAGAACGGGGUCUUACCGUCGUGAAGUACAUUCGCAUGGCGCAGUAUGCGAGGAAACAUCACAACUACGCCACACUUUUGCAGCUCACGCUGGCGUUGACGUCUGUUGAUAUCACGCGUUUGGCCAAAACUUGGGCACUCGUUCCAGAUGCAGAGCGGGCUGCUUUGAAAGAGAUGGAAUCUUUGGUUUCGCCAAUUAGGAACUUUCACAAUCUGAGGAUGGAAAUGGAUGCAGCUGAUCUUGACGAUGGCUGCAUUCCUGUUGUUGCGCUAUUCCUUCAUGACUUGACCUACAAUGCCCAGAAGCCGUCGGUGAUUGCCAGCACUCGGGAAGCAGAGCCUCUGAUUAAUUUCGAGCGAUAUCGCACGACUGCCACAAUCGUCAAAACGUUGCUUCGACUCAUCGAAUCAAGCGUCAAGUACGAUUUCAAACCUGUCGAUGGCGCUCUGGAAAGAUGCCUCUGGAUGGCGAGUCUAAGCGACGAGGGCAUCAGAAACAGGAGCAAAGAGAUUGAGCCAUGA